AUGAAGCCCAUCAACCUCGUCGUCCUCUUUGCCCCGCUCGCCCUCACACUCGCAGACGUUGUCGAUAGCGCACCAGCUGGGGCUGCUGGAGUCGCUCGAGAUAUUUCUGCACAUAGGAGAGCCGUUGCUGACGUUCCCUCGUCUCCCUGGCACCGUCGGUACUCGGACAACGCCCGACGGCAGAAUGCUCCAGCCGCGGGAGACUCAUCAACAUCAUCUACAAGUGCUUCUCCAUCACCAAAUGUGCCCCUUGAGGGUAUCCCGGAUCCAGCAUCGACUCCGGCCAACACUUCGACCAAUACUGCUCCCUCGGACCCAGGAGGCAAGGCCAUUGCCGGCGGUUUUGCCUGGGACAGGCGCAGCGCCGUGCCUACAGGUCCACCAGCCGUCAUUGUCGUUCCGACUGGCGAUACCACGACGAGCAGCAGCUCUAGCACCGAGACGUCGUCUUCUUCGAGCUCAUCAGAAUCUAGCUCCUCGUCGACAACCAGUUCUUCGAGUUCUACCCCAGCGGAUCCAACGACGCCAGCGCCUUCAGAUCCCGCUUCCACAGACGUGAAUACGUCGACGAACACUGUGGAUCAAAGCACGCCGACCGCGAACCCCACAACACCCACGGAUCCUGGAACGACGACACCAGUUGAGACGAGCAGCUCUACGGACACGCCUAUUAUCGUACUCCCGACUCUUCCAACAAUUUCUCUUCCAACGAUCAGCCUGCCUACGCUUCUCCCAGACCCAUCGGCUACCGAAUCCUCGUCUUCAUCUGGCAACAAUGACCCUGGAACAUCGACUGGAGGUCCAUCAGAGUCGCCUACGGGCAAUCCAACGGAUACCGAGACAUCCACGGGCACACCUUCAGGCACACCGACUGACCCAGAGACCUCGACCCCGCCAAGCUCGACUUCAUCAUCAUCGUCCAGCAGAACCCCGCCAGUCCUCGACCCGACUAGUGCCUUCCCGACCGAUACGGAUACUUCGGUUUCUCCAACCGUUACCAUUAUCGAUACUGCCACGUCGAGCCGAUCGCUCACCAUUGAUUCCCAGUUCCAGUUUUUGACAGCGAGCUCGUUUAUCACCGAUUCGUCUUUUAGCACUUCGACAUCGUUGACGCUCACCAAUCCUGACGAGGCUCUGACCACCCCCACGUUGUCUGCUGGAAGUGCGACGACGCUGGUUGUCCCUGCCAUUCCCUCGACGCUGCCGCUCUUCAUCACGCCACCGGAGAGUGCAGACCCAUUGGCAUCUGGUCUGAAUCUCCCGGGAUACACAGAGAUUAGCAUUCUCUUCCAGCUCAGUGUUCGGUGGACGUUUGUCCUCAACUCGUCGGAGACUGCGGCACAGAUUAUUGCGUAUAUGCCACAAAUUAUCAAGUAUGCCUUGGACUCGGAUCCAGAUUCUGUUAGGACCAUUGGCUUGUCGGCGUACCAAACCACUUCGUAUCGCACACCCGAAGAUCUGAUGACGCUCUGGGGAGGCUAUCUCAAGACCGAGUUGGUUCAGGAACUCGCGGCCAUGGUCAAGGUUGGAACCUCCGACUUUUACAAGAUUUCCGAUCCUGUCGCACAAGCGAUUGCAAAGUCGGUCGUUGGAUCCUAUGACAUUGCGUCUGUCAACGGCGUCUCGAAUACCAAUGGAAGUAGCAACCCCUCGAGCACGACGACGCAGGUCGACAAUUCGCGCCGUAAUGCCGUCAUUGGUGUCUGCGUCUCGUUUGGUCUCAUCGCGUUGAUUGUCAUUGGAUGGUGGAUCAUGCGCAUGUACAAAGCACGCAAAGAGGGCAUGCACAAGCGUCUUUCGUACGAGGGACAGACCAACUAUGGUGCCGCCGGUCAGGGUGUCGCUGCGGGAGGAUACGGCGCCGCGGGAAUGCGUCCGGACAGCCCACCAAACUUGAACAAUCCGUUUAUGACGGAACGGGAGCGUGAGGAAGAGGCGCGGGGUAUUCGACGGAACAGCUUUUAUGCUAUUGGCCCGGAUGAUGCGAGCCUCGAGGAGGAGACGUUUGAUUACAUGUCGCAGCGCAGUAGUGGUGGAUUGAAUCGGGCUCACAGCGGUGGACAUAGUGGAUGGGCCAACUCGAACACGUUGACAGUCCCCGGCAGCAAUGGUGCUUCGCGUCGACCUGUCGUCGGUCAGCCCAUUUCGCAGCCGAUUUUGAGGGAGAGCAGUAUGGGCAACUGGUAG